UUGCAAACUUAGUGAAUUAUACCCAGUAGUCCGCUUGCCCGAUACUUUUACGAGGACAUCAAGGAUCCUUAAAAACCAAAGAUAUGGAGGAGGUACAGAAGCAUUCAGUGCAUACACUUGUCUUUCGCUCAUUGAAAAGGACACAUGAUAUGUUUUUGUCAGAUCAUGCACAUAUACCUUUACAAGAUGAUAAGGGCGAAAAGUUAAGGAUGGCAUGCAAGCUGAAUGAUGAGUAUGGUAAUGUAAAGCACCUAGCAACUGAGAAGAAGAGUCGAGCAGAUGAUGAUGUAGUAGGACCUUACAACAGCCAGGCUAUAAUAUCUAUUGACUACCAGCAUGGACAAGCUAUGGGAACUCAUAACUAUCCUUCUGGACCAGGUGUCCAUUUGACUGAGAACACAGCAAUGCAGUCUCAUCCGUCACAGAAAGCUUUGCCUUCAUCCAUGUAUGGUCAAGAAGACAAUGUGUCAGCAGGCGUACAUGAGAUACAGCAGCAUGCAGGGAUGCAGGAGAGAUAUGCACCUCCUUCCAAGGCACUGGUAGCAGUAUCUGGGCAAGGAAAGAAUGAUAAAAUGUUGGUACCAACAAAAGCUCCCACAAUGCCAAAGCCAACUUGGCAUCCACCAUGGAAAUUGUAUAGGGUAAUCAGCGGUCAUCAUGGCUGGGUACGCAGUAUUGCUGUGGAGCCGGGAAAUGAGUGGUUUGCCACAGGAUCAGCAGAUAGAAUGAUCAAAAUCUGGGACCUGGCCAGUGGAACUCUCAAACUGUCCCUCACUGGACACAUCAGCACUGUCCGGGGGAUAGUGGUCAGUCCACGACAGCCAUAUUUGUUUUCUUGUGCAGAGGACAAGCAGGUCAAGUGCUGGGAUUUAGAAUACAACAAAGUGAUUCGCCAUUACCAUGGUCAUUUGAGUGCAGUUCAUGCUAUUGACCUCCAUCCUACCAUUGAUAUACUGUGUACCUGUGGGAGGGAUGCCACAGUUAGGGUUUGGGACAUGAGAACAAAAGCCUGUAUAUACACACUGACUGGUCACACCAACACAGUAGCAGACGUCAAGUGUCAGUCCGCAGAACCACAGGUGAUAUCCUGCAGUCAUGAUAGCACAAUUAGGUUAUGGGAUCUGGCUGCUGGGAAAUCAAAAGCUACAUUAACCAACCAUAAAAAGAGUGUCAGAGCUUUAGCACUUCAUCCAGUACAGUAUACCUUUGCUUCAGCAUCACCAGAUAACCUGAAGCAAUGGAAGUUUCCUGAUGGCAACUUUAUCCAGAAUAUGUCAGGUCAUAAUGCUAUCAUCAACAGUCUGGCAGCUAACUCAGAUAAUGUACUAGUCUCUGGAGGGGACAAUGGUACUAUGUAUUUCUGGGACUGGAGAUCAGGCUACAACUUUCAGCGUAUGCAGGCCAUGGCACAGCCAGGUUCUAUAGACUCUGAGGCGGGGAUAUUUGCCCUGCAGUUUGAUAACAGUGGAACCAGACUCAUCUCUGCGGAGGCUGAUAAAACCAUAAAGAUUUAUAAGGAAGAUGAUACUGCAACUGAAGAAACCCAUCCAAUAAAUUGGAAACCAGACAUUUUAAGGAAAAAGAGAUACUAAAACUUGCCAUGAGAAUUAUUAGAAAAAGAAAUAUGAAAGUGUAACACGGUGUUCAAGCAUUAACAUUCCUGGAAAAUUUCUAAAUGAGUGGGGACAGAUUCUUAACCCAAAGAUUACAAUGUGAAAAAAUUCAGAAUAUGUGUACUUGACUGUUAUAUGAGAACAAACACAGUAUGUGGAGUGAGGAUUUUAAGGUCUUUUAUAUACCAUGGAUCCAAAAUUAAUAUUUAUCACUAAUAUACGUCUAUUGUACAGCCUUACUCUAAUAUUGAGACUUUGAAGUUGUUAUUUGUAUGAUUUUGGAAAGAAAAUGGGAAGAUAUAAUUUGCAAGUACAUUCUGUCCUUCUACAUUAUAUGUUUAAAAGCUGUAAAUAAUGACUUAUUUUUAGAUUUUUUGCUUGACUAGCUCCACCAAGAGUUUUUAAAAACAAGCAAACUGACUUAUAUUUCUUAAAUCUAGCUUGUGAAACUUCACAGCUGAAGAUUUGAAAUAAACUAUGGCAUAUGUUUGUAAA